UUGUUAUUUAAAUUUUUAUUUAAAAUAAUUUUUAAAUUUUUAAUCCCACAUACCCGAUUUGAACAAUCAUGGAUUUAAAAAUAAAAAUAUUAAAAAACAUUUCAUUAACAAAAACCACUUCUUAACCCUAAAUAUUGUUAUCAAAGGCCGCAUAAUAUAACUCUUGCGUUAACACGAAAUCUAUUCACGGAGAGAAAUAUAAAUAAAUUAAUUGUUUGAUUACUACGCCAUAUGGUAUAACUAUAAAAAAUUAGUUCUUAAUUUUGUCUUAAACACACCAACGAAAUAAGAAUAUCUAAAAUUGAUCGCAAAAAUAUGGCAGUAUUUCUAAAGCGCAACUCCAUGACAAGCGUGUGCGUGCAUCGGCGCUGAGCAUAUUUGAAUGUCACCGUGUGUUUUACAAAAAUACGGUUUUUACAAAUAAACAUUAAACUUUUCUUUCAAUUCGUACAACUUUAAUCUACUCAAUUAAUAUGAUUAACAAAAUGCUCAAAAAAAUUAAUUUUCCACAAUUUGCCGCAUAAGAAUGCAUAGCUUCAUUGCACAAUUAGUAUUCAAUUGAAUGUAAAUCGAAUAAAAUCUUGAAUGCAACUCUGUAAGGUUUGCCUUUGCUUGGGUAAUUAAAAGGCAAUCGCUAAUUGCUAGUUUAAUUAAGCAGCAAUAUGAAGAGUGAAAAAAUGUCUUCGCCAAAACCGAAAAGGAAGCGACUAGCUUGGACUGAGGGUGCCGAGUUGGCCAUACUAGAAUUGUGGGCAGAGCGCGUAGUUGAGCUCCGUGGAGUACGUAAAAAUAUGCAUAUUUAUGAGAAAAUAUCAGAAGAGUUAGCCAAAUUGGGCUACAUAUAUAAUGCGCGGGAGGUGCAAGUGAAAUUGGCCAAUUUUUCACAGCGUUAUCGCAUCGAGAAAGCGAAUUUGUUAGAAUCUGGUGAAACGAUAUCUUCUUGGCCGCAUUAUGGCAGAGUACAUCAAAUAAUCGGGCGUUUCAAAGUAAACUCGUUUAGCGAUUCAACACUGGAAACCAUCCAAGCGGAAUCAUCUGGUGCAUCACGCCUCUCACCGUUUGUACCGCCCUCCACACCUGCAUCACCGGUCCCUUCGCAGCCGGCAUCGCCGCAUGCAAGCACUUCUACGCCAGUAACCGUGCGCAAAAAGAAGAAAGGCGUAAGUCAAUUCCAAUUGAAAGUGCUUGACAAAUUCGAGGAACUAUCAGCGGAGAUAAUACAGUAUUUAAGGCAUAGCGAAGAAAAUGAAAGACAGUUAAUUGAAGUUGAACGGCAAAAGGCGGAGUCACUGAAAAAAUUUAGUGAAGUUAACAGAGAGUUUAAAGACGCUAUUAUAAAGUUUAUACAGAAAUAAUAGAAGUUUAUUAUUUUAGUUUUUUUGUUAAUAUUAAAGAGUAAUUUUUAGCAUACUAAGUAUU